AUCGUUAUUCUGUAGUGGGACGUGCACUCACCGCUGUUAUUGGUUCAAUAGAUCAGUUCGAAGAGCACCUUGUUUGGCGUUUUCCAAAUAUUGAAGUGAAGAGAAAAACUAAGAUUCACAAUGAAACGAGAACUAAUGUGUGUUGUUAUUGUAUGCUGUGUUAUGGUCAACUCGUCGACAGAAACUGACUUCCGUAAAACUUUAAUGAAUAUACUCAGUAGCCGACAAUAUAAACAUGAGAUAGCGGAAGUCGGCAGAUCUAAGGAAGUCUUCAAAAGAUUUGGGUGUUACCGCCACCAGUGUCCGGAAGAUGAGACUUGUCUGGAAAAUCAACAUGGCGAUGGUUAUUGUGUAAAAACUGCAGUUAUUCAAGGAAAAAAUAUAGAUGAGUUUGAGAAUGAUAUACCGUUAGCCAGAAGACUCAAGGAUCUUUUCAAAAGAUUUGGGUGUUAUCGCCACCAGUGUCCGGAAGAUGAGACUUGUCUUGAAAAUCAACAUGGCGAUGGUUAUUGUGUCAAAACUGUAGUUAUUCAAGGAAAAAAUAUCGACGAGUUUGAGGAGGAGGAACUGAAAGAACUUCUUCGUGCCUUGGAAGAUAUUGAACAAUGAGGACCAUAUAUAACAACACGCGACGAAGCAAUAACAAAUAUAUAACAGGAGGGAAUUUACACGUGUCUUAUUAAUAUUCUCUUCAUCCUCAUUAAGAAUAUUUUCAAACCAUCGAAAUAUUGUUUUAUUAUUACCAUCUUAUUUAGUAUUAUGGGAGAGUAAUUCAUAGAGAAAUAAAUCACGAAAUGCGAUUAAA